UUCGAGAGGUUAAGUCUGAUCCGACCUCUUGCGAUAGGAGGCCUUCCGAGCUCUUUUGGAAGCUACGAGUCGGCACUUCGCCGCUCUUACGAUUCUCGACGCGAGUCCCGAAGUCGUUGAGGGCGGAGAGCCCGAAGGUCGGCCGGGACGACCGCUGCGUUCUUCUCAAGGAACGUUUCGUUCGCUGGCUCCGAAUUCGGCAAGCUCGCCUAUUCUGUUUAAUAGAUUCAGCUGUGAUGAGAUAUUCAAUCCUGACACUAGGUGUAUCGAAGUAGUUGCCCUGGUGAGAGCCAGCAGAAACCGAGAAUACCUCGCGUGGGCAAAUCAGGCGUCGCUAUACGGAUACCUCGACAGACCUUUCCAAGUCGUGCCUUUAUCGUUUGUGGAAUCGAAGCUACGCAUUGGCUGUCCUAACUGCAUUAUCAAGCCAUUAAGUUACAUGGAAUCGACAAAAGCAGCUACUACCGAUGAAAAGAGCAACGAUGAAAAAAUGUCUCCUGCGGUACAGAGGACUACGGCAUCUUCCAAGCCAUGGCAGAUAUUAUUUUUUGUACUGCUUUCUAUAGCAACGUCUCUGAUUUAUAAUCUUUACCUUGACCUUUACAAAAAGCCCGCACGAUUGGCACAGUUUGACUUUUUUGACACAGCAAACGAAUUACGAGAAAGAGUAUACGGCCAACGGGUGGCUAUCGAGGAGUUGAUAGAUUACUUCACCGCAGAUACGGAGGAGUUUAAGGUAGCUGUCCUAGUAGGAGGGACAGGUGUCGGGAAGUCGUUAGCCAGUGAAAUCAUAAUGAAGAAUUUCCCCAACGGAAGAUACGUCUUCGUGUACUUUCCCCCUUUGCCAUCCAAUGAAAGCAGUCUUUGCGACCGGCUCUCCUCUACUCGCUGCAACCUGAUUGUACUGGAGAAUUUGAGAGAAGUGGAUAUCACAAGUGCGGCUAAAAUGACAGACCUUGUCGAGCAGUGCACGGACCGACACCGUGUCGCCGUGGUGGCCCUUAUCAAUAUGGAAGAGACGCGCGAGGAUUUAACGCGUCACCUCGACCUAGCGGCGGCCACGUCGAAGGUGCGGAAUGCGUUUCAAGGGAAGAAUUUAAACGCAAAGGUCAUUGGUUUCACGACAUUGGAUGACGAGGCACUGGACACGUGCAUAGAACACGCGGCUGCGGAGAAGAACACGCUACUGUCCAGGAAACACGUAGUCGAGAUUCGGAACAUCCUGAGAACGACCGGCAGCGGCUGCAAAGGGGCUUACGCGAAGGUCGACCUUUUCCGGAAGGAUUUAGAACCGCCUCACGACCGAACCUCGUCAAAAUAAAUCUAAUUAACAUCAUGAAACAUUGGAAAGACAUAUUCCAACGUAUUGCGCAACCGCGCGCCUAGAAAUCGCAGGCGAGAAACCGCCCGAUCCUUAUCACUUUUAUAACAUCGGAAAUAUGGCGAGGCCGACGCCUCUAAUUAUCGUUUCCGUAUAUUUUCCGCGUUGUUCUGCGAUCCUCCGAUGAACAGGAAAUGACAUCUACGGAAUUACGAAACUAGUGCGAGGACCUUUCCUACGCCGCGGAAAUGCGAGGCGAAAGCGAAGCUAGGCGAAAGAACUCGCUUCACGUGCGGGCAUCGAAGUCUCCGCAUACGGAGACCUCGCUCGGUAGCGAUUUCUUCUACUAUGGAAGUAAAAAGGACUUCGAGUCGACAUGCUUGCGACUCUUGGUGUAUCGGAUGGGACACGAUGCACGACCUUUAUCGGGUACACCCUAGGGCGGCUUGCGAGGAGCAUGGUCGAUACUUCGUGCGGCACUUCCGCGAGAGGGUUCGCUCGCGUUUCACUUUCUGAUUCUCGGCAAAAUGACGGCGCUGCGGUAUUGCGUGGAGACGCCUCGCAAUCGAAUCGUAACGUAGGAAAGGUAUUACGGCUGGGUCGCGUUAUGCGUAUGCGUUGAUUAUGCAAACUCGCCGGGUUUUCGGUUACGUAUUUUUCUUUUUUUUUUUCUUCUCCACUUCCGAGGAGCGCGCGCCGUUUGUUCCUCCCACCGGGCCCUAGGCCCUCGACUUCCCUCGGGGAUAUUAUUUCUUAACUUGUGCAGGCAUUACGCCUAGGAGUUACGUAAUUCGUCGUCCUGAGACCGCUUUGACGUUUGCUACGUGACGAGUCGGCUUUGCGCGCCGGAAAUCGGCGGAUCUGUGAAGGGGCAGGACGCGUGUCGGAAUUAUGCACUUGUUAAGGAAACAGACUUCGCCGGCGCAAAGAGCGAUCGCAAACAGAGUUUUAUGCCUCGAGGAGAAAUUCGUUUCCUGCCGGGACGCCGCGCUUGUUCCGGGGAUAUCGGUAUCUGCGUCGCUCGAAUAUAGGUGGAUUAAUGCGUUAUGCUUGUUUCUAAGACGCGUACAAUGUUUGUACAGACUUUUUUUUGUUGAACGGCGCUCUUCGCGCGGUACAAACUUUCUCGAUGAUUUUGGUAUGCCUAACCCGGCGUCGAACUCUCCUCAACUCCGCCCCUGCCGCUCGGGCGUCUCGUUCACAUUCCGCCGUAACUACGCGUGAUAUGGAAAAACGAUUCGAACGAAAGUUGUUCACGGUAUCACGGGGAGCAACUUUGACGGGAAACGAUUUUUUGUGCGACGCCUCGUUAACGCGGAAAUUCGUAAUCGACCCGGAGAGCGGACAGACGCGCGGUCUCUCGGCCGAGACGCUCGUUCUGGGAACGAGCUGUCGUCUUUACGAAUGCAUAUUUACUCGAGGCAGAUCGGUUACGUCGACGUCGGGCAAAUUCUAAGAUUUUCCUGUAAAAAUGUAUAGCGAGUACUUCGAUGUCAAAGGUCGAGGCCUCGCGUGUCUAAUGCUAAUCGGGCGAAGAAAGCGACCGACGAGUUCGGCUCGGACCGGAAGCGUGGGACUAGUUUCGCCGUAAUUUCCGACUUCUUCCGUAAUUUCGGAAGACUGUUACAUUUCGGGGAACAAAAACACCGGCCAGAGCUCUAUAAAAGGUCCGCGUUUCGACGGGUUUUGUCAUUAGACGGUUUUCCGGUGCGCAGGGAAGUAUCACGGCGAGCGCGACUCCGACUAUUCUGCCCCUCUUUGAUUGACAAUUCCGAGACAAAGACAGCGCGCGAUUCUACUCGGAGAAGGAGAAGGAAAGGUGCGUACGGAAAUUAUAAAGCUGCGCCCGGCACGUGGCCGAGAGACAGUCUCGAGGAGUCGAUCUCUCGGCGAAGUUCUGCGGCCUGAAAGUACGGUAGUGCGAAUUUUCUUUCACCUUCAUUCCGCCUUUCAUCCGCCAUCACUAAGCCUAACUAACCACCCCCUUUGUGUCGCGAGAUCGAAAUUUUUCCCACCUUGUCUGAUAAUUUAAAAAUUGUAUUCUUUCAAAAAGACCAGGGGGUGGCUUCUCUGUUUAAGGAUUUAUGUAUUCUUGUCCUUGCGUGGGAGAUCAUGUGAAUUUUUUUUAUUUCUCAUCUUUUAGUUAGGUCUCGUUCCGGAAUUUUUUUUAUCAGUCCUUAGAGUCGACCGGGGUUAAUUGCGAUAGGGCGGUAAAGCCACUGGGUAGUAAUUUACCGCUUUCUACAAGAGGCUCGUUGUUGCAUACCUCCGGUAAACUACGCCCAGGGGAUGGUCAUCCGGGAAGUAGUAACGGGGAAUUAUCCUCUCUACACGUCGUUUGUUACUUGCGGAAAAACGCUCCGUGGAUUUUCGCUAACGCGCCGUUAAUUCCCAAACACCGGAACCGAUUUGCCGAGGGCUUUUUCUCACGACUUCUUGCCAGGGGAGCGAUUUUUCCGCGGGACUCGCAGACACACGUUUAACUCCUACCGUAACAACGGCGAUUAAUCCAGCCACUCCGACGAUGGUUAUAAUCACCUCGUAAGCGCGUAGAAAGUCUUCCCCGAACUUGUAAUCACUCCCGGGAAAAGGCCACCCUUAAUUUCGGCAAAAAGCUACCCGAUAGUUACGCACCAUUCUGAAUUUCUCCCGGUCUCGAGGACUUUCCCUCCGACUGCAACUGCGAUUAUCCAACUGUUACCGCUGCCUCGAAAAAGAAGGAAAAAAAAAGAAAAAAAAAAUCCCUCCACGCAACGGGUCAACUUUCAUCGAACCCAUUACUCAAGGUGUUCGAGGGGGGUCGGGAUAAAUGCUUCGAAAAAUAUUUCCGGGUGUGGGCACUUUUUAGAAAUCGUCAAACGAGUCGAGGAGGGCAGUCGCAGUCCGUCGGGGAGCUUUUAUAAAUGUUUUGUCGGAUUUGGCAAUUUUUUUAGAAUUAUGUACAAUUCCUCGGGGAGGAGAGAAGCUUAACGGGUGGCGGUCACUCUCCAUCGGCGAGAGCUGGCGAAUCGCCAAUUCGCUAGGCCUCGACCGGCGCGAUCGGGGUCAAGAUCACCGAAUCGGCGUUUCCUCGAGGGCCGUCCUCGAUUUCGGAGACCGAGUCCACGUAACGUCGGUCCAGGUCGCGAACAAAGAUGGGUUGAACAACCCGGUCCACCGGUCGGUUGCGCAACCUGCAAGUGGAGAAAGUCGUUGCGAAACGGGCAGAGUUCGCGCCCGGGACGCGGCCUGACUCCGCAUAAUUCGUUACAUAAGCCGGUCGUAUAUAGGAUCGAACUUCGAAAAUCGAAAAGCUUUACGCAACGCCCCGGAUGGCGGAUUACGUCUCGCUAUGACCGGCACCAGCUGUCCGGACCGGAAUGCUCGGAGAUUUCGUAAGAGAGGAUCUGGGUCUCCGGGGAUCUCGGGGAAGAAAGUGAAACGAUGGUUUCCUAACCCACUCUCGCUGAGACCGAUUCCCUUUCUUUCGGCGAGAGGGGCUCCUUCGAGUCGACUUCCUCCGCGGAUCGAAGAUCGAGGUCGCCCGGAAGGAGAGGGAAUCGAUCCUGUAGGACUCUAAGAAC